CUAAAGCUCAGCUCAUUUGCACAAAAAGUCUAGAAACGAGUGAGCGAAAUUGAUCUAAAAACUCUUGUUUGCUAAUGUAACUGUGUAUCACGACAUAGUGCAUAGAAUUCUCGCCAAUGCAGACACUUUUACUCUGUAAGCAUACGUAUGUUAGCAACAUAAGUGAAGACAUCCUUCUACUUUAGGAGUAUUUUCUUCAAGCUCUUGGAGGACAGACCAUCGGCAAAAUCAUUUCCUCUUGGCUAGGAAGCACAUACUCUAUACUGCUUUUUGCUUCAAGUUUUUGCAGUAAACAUGCAUACUUAAAGUUUGGUAAUGCAGUUAGGAACAUAUGAUCGAUCUUGCUGGUCCUGACUCCUGACCUUAGUAUCUACACCUACAGGAGUAUAGGACUACUGUAGUCACCCGUCGUGUGCACAAUGAAUAAAUGCAAUAUCGGAAAGACAAGAAUAAAAAAUCAUUUCUGUCUUGAUCAUCUAUUUCAUGUAUGGAGUGUAACCUUUUAUCUUUCUGGAAUGCACAGGCUUUCUACCAGAAGAUUGGAUAAGUUCUUCAUCGUGUACCCAUCGUUUACCCCAACAGUCAUCUUGUUUAUAGCUGGAACCGUUGCUUGUGGAGUUCCCAAGUACCUGCAAAAUGAAAAACUUAAAAGCCAAAAGUGAUUGUCACGAAUUUUGCUGGUUUGCAAGAACUCAUCUGCUGUAAAUUACUACGGAACUCUGGAUUAGUUUACUAACAGCUGUACCUUUUCAUGUUAGUACUUUUGUUCUGUAGAGGGAAGGCCUGCAAUUGCUUGAAGAUAUUAAAUAAGAAUUUGGCAGAAGAUUUUCAGCACACUUAGUGCUUUGUGAAUAGAAGGGUCCUUCUAAGAAGUUGUAUGUUUGGAGUCUUUGGACCAAAGUUCUUAAGUUCUGUACUUGCAUUAAGUAGUCAGUGCUCAUUAAAAGGUGCUAUAUGUCUGUAUCUGUCUGUGAUCAGAGUGGUAAAAUUUGUUUCUUUAUCGUAUGGUUUAAAAAUUUGCUUUUAGUUAGAAGUGUUUGUUCAUACUCAAUGUUAUGUGCUUAGUUUUAUCUUAUUUAAGCUUCAUGAGGAACAAGAAAUUCAGGAGGCCAAUUUUUACAUUUUAAAUAACGAUACAUGUGUGUCCUUAAAUAUUUUAAGCAUGGUUUUACCAGUCAUUUCACAGGGCAGGUGCGGAAUGAUCAUCAUCAUCUUAAGAGCCAUGGAAUUUGUGUCUCGUAAGUUUUACUGAGACUAGGAAUUUCUGCUUAUAGUUUGUGCAGUAAAAUGUGAUCCAUCUCAAAUGUCCUUUUAUCUUUUCUACACUAUCUAAUGUGCAUGGUUCUCCGCGAAUAUGAUAUGCAGCAAAGCCAUGGGGUUAUAUCUAUAUGUUGGGAACCUGAUGAAUAGACAAUUGAGCGGGAAGAUUGAAACUUUGUUUUGCUACUGGUAAUGUGGAUUAAAUGUUUUGUCCUGCAGCACAGUCCACAGUUUUAGAAGAUGGACCGUUCAAUAACUAUUCUUUCUGCCUCGUUGGGAAGGCAGUUGUGGCCACGAAGCCAAUCGCCGCGCCCGUCACAUACGAGAUUGGGCCUCGGCUAAAAAAUCUGGUGGAACGGCCCAGCCCAAAAAAGGAAGAAGGAGCCUGCGGAUGUACGCAAAGCCAUCUUCAUUGCACUAGCAGUUUUCUUCCUGUCUCUGUGAUUUACAUUUAUUUGCACAAUGCACCUUUCUCUGCAAACUGCAUUCAGUAUUUUCUGGUGAGACUGAUAGCAUAUUUAGUGGAGUACCUAUAUUUGCCAUAGUAAAAGGGUGUCAGUCUGCCAUUUAUUUCAUUCUACAGAACUGAUGGACUUAUUGUGCAACUUUAGACACUCUUCGGACGGAGAUCGCCCGAUUGAGGUUACCACCAGUCCUUCUAUAAUGGCCUUUACAGUUUUACAACUUUCACUGAUCCAGCAAUGAUAGGUGUACCAGUUUUGUUCAUCUGAACACUUUUUUUGCAGUAUUGCAGAUUUUUUAUGAGGAUACAGUUAUAACUCUUACAUUCUAUAAAGAAAGGGAAAAAAAUGAAUGCUGCUACACAUACCGAUGGGAGCCACCGACGGUGGAAAAUCAGCUCUAUCCGAUAUGUGUAGGUGCUCGAUCCAAUCUUCCAUUUUUUCAUUCGGAUUCGUGAAAAAAAUGGAAGAGUGGAUCGAGCACCUACAUAUAUCGGAUGAAGCUGAUUUUUCAUCAGCCCACUCGGGUUUUUUUUUAAAAAAUUAUUGAACAGCUCGAAUCAUCCGUCCAGGACCCGGAGUGGGCCCCACGUGGCCAUCGGUGGCUUUAGACUUUUCGGAAAAAAAAUACUAGGUACUCUCCAAUCAAAUUGUUGCCAUUAAGAACUUCAUAUUCUUUUAGAACCCAUUUUAGCUUAGUCAAAGAUGUUUGAGUCAAUAGUAGGUGGAUACGUGGGCAUCUAAUUUCUGCCAACUCUUUUCAAUUCAAAUCUAUGUUGCAACUUUUGGCAUGCAUUUGUUACGGGGUCCCAAUUAGUUUAUUGCGUUCCACUCGUGCAUAUAUCCACCAGAUAUGUUAUUAGAGCAUCUGUAGCGGAAGAAGCAAAAGUUUUUAUCGAAAUAUUUAUUUUCCUCGCGUAUGUGGCAAGUAGAACUAGUGCACACUCCGAUGAGAUCUUCGAUUCUGAUUCUUUAACUCUUUCUUUUUUUGGAUUUGAAAAGUUCCACUUCGUUAAGGAUUAAUUGAAUUCUUCAUCAUUAUUUUCAAAAGCUUUUGUUGAUGUGGUAAUUUGAAGAGUUUGAACUUUGAAGAGAAAGAGAGCUAAAACUAAUAUAGUUUAGAACUUUUCAAUGACAUGGUUCUUGAAAUUUGGUGUGAAUUCUCAUUUUGUUACUUCCCUCAGACAUGUUCUCGUAGUUGCUACAGAGCUAGUGUUCGAAUCUUGGAUUUGCAGAAGAGAUAGGGAAAGGAAAUGA